AAGAACUCUGUAACUGACCUAAAGAAUGACUUGGCGCGCAUCCUGAAUAUGAGAACUGACUCUAAAGGCUUCUUCUCUUCUGCAGACAGCAAGGAUGAACCUGACGAUAGGGCGGAGAGGGUUCAACGCCAGGAUUCUAAUCUCUCCAGAAGUUCUGGUACAAGGAUAGAUGGGUGUACAACCUAUCAUACAUCUCCUACUACACCGGAGUGUACAACAUUCUUCUCCUAUGUACAGAGUGCCUCCCCAACAGGUAUUGCAGAUUCCCGGUCCUUGGUCUCAUCCAACUCCAAGGAUAGCGGCGGCCAGAUCGAUAUGGUCGAAUCAAAAGGAUCUGAAGACAGCGCUAAUCUUGUUUGUGUUGAUGCUAUAUCCCCCCAGCUGUCUCCCACUGCAGGAAGGAAAAGGUUUAGAAGACAGUCGACAGCCUAUGAUGAAUGUGUUAAUCAGAAAAUAUCUCCAGUAAGAAGAGGGAGCAGACCCUUUCUCAGUCCUGGUACAGAAGACUGUCCUAGAAGUGGAAGGCGGGAUUCAUUAUCCCCAGACUCUGCUGCAGAGGAUAGUACAAGGAAGGGAAGGAGAGAUUCUAAAGGAGCCAGCAGUGAUAAGGAAUCACGUGACUCUAGCCCAAAAACAAGAUGGAAGCGCCUAGGCAGACGGAAAUCAAGCGGAGCAAACAAUGAGGAUAAACUUCUUGGAAGAAGAAAAUCCAAAUCCCAUAAUUCUCACUCCCCUGAUUCAGGAGGAAGCUCAAGGGAACCUUCACCAAAGUUUAACGAAGGUCAUCCAUCAAUAGGCCUACGUCGGCAGUCUACUACUGAUGAAAUAUUUAUCGCAAGAGGAUUCCGGCGUGAGUCCACUAAUGAAGACUUGGCUCGCUGUAGAAACUUCCGGCGUCAAUCGUCAACUGCAGACUUAGACUUAACGUCCAAGAGGGCUGGCCGCCGAGACAGUGCGUGUCAAAUAUCAGAUGGUCAAAUCAAUUCGAUGACAAUAGAAACUACACAGGUUGGAUUGUUUGGAGAGAGUAGAGGUGGGGAUGAUGAUGGGUUCUUGUAUGAAAACCACACUUAUCAUGAGGAAUGUCUUCGGUGUAACAGCUGUGGUGUGAACCUGACCGGCCCAAACCAGAAGAGAGCUCGACGCUUUAAAAACCAGAUUCUCUGUGAUCUACACUUUGCAGAUAUGGCACUAAUGGAGAGUUCUGAUUUCAUGCAACAACUCAGAAAUUUUAAAGCGCAAAGUUUAGGAUGUGCAGUUGCUCGACGAAAGAGUUCAACUACUCUAAUAUUCCCUCUACCCCCUCAGGCUUGCUCAGAUGAAUUUUGUGAAUAUUACCCCCAUAGUCUGAUCCCUAAUCCUGGAUACUGGAUAGAGUGCAGCAGAGAGGUUGCACCUUCAUAUACAUACCAACCAGAAAAGGAACUUCGGGAGGAGGAACAUGAAUCUCAGGACUCGUUCGAGGACGAUGAUUUCGAUACAAUCCCUGAAGAGGAGAACUCGGAAAACUUGAAAAGAAUUAGAAAAUUGCACGCCAGAACUAGUCUUCCAAUUAUACAGGAACCAGUUCGGAAGAAAUCAAUUAUUGAAGAGCACUGGACUAAAUAUGGAAGCUUUGAUCUAACAAGCGUAGUUCAGGAGACACAUGAAAAGUAUUUCUACAGUACAGAGCACUGGAAUUAUUUCACAAAUGAUGAAGAUUUGGGACCAGUGAUACUAAGUCUUAAACAGGAGAAUAUAAAUGGUCGAGAUCAGUUCCGAAUCCUGGUCCGAGCUGUAGGGUAUACAAUACAUGGUCUUAUACCAGCCAGCUGUGUUUUUGCAGACAGGUAUAAUAGGGAGGAGGUGGUAGCUUCAUUAGGCAGAGAAAUCAAUCUUAAUCCUCCUCUCACUCUGGGACAGCUUCCAGAUACAUCGGAGGAGCUUCUUAAACUAGAUCAGGUGUUCAUUAAAUCGGAACUGAAAGUUGGAAUUAUUUACGUGAAAGAAGGUCAAUAUACAGAAGAGGAGAUAUUAGACAAUAACGAGAACAGUGAAAAUUUUGACGAGUUUCUCACAAUUUUAGGUGACAAGGUUAGAUUAAAGGGAUUCGACAAGUACAAAGGAGGUCUGGAUACUGUUCACGAUCUCACAGGGUUAAGUUCUGUGUAUACCUACUGGCGAGGUAUAGAGAUAAUGUUCCAUGUGUCUACCCUGCUUCCCUAUGAGAAGAAUGAUCCACAGAAGCUGCAGAGGAAACGACAUGUUGGAAAUGAUAUCGUCUGUGUAGUAUUUCUGGAAGCUGAUAACACUAGAUUUUCUCCAAGCUGCAUCAAAUCUCAUUUUCUUCACACUUUCAUCGUGGUUCGAUGCAGUCCCAAGAUUAAGUUUAAACCUAGAAGAUAUGAGAUCAGUGUGGUUACAAGAGAUGAAGUGGGAGCCUACAAACCAUAUCUCUGGGAGCAGUCAACCUUUAACAAGGGACCAAUGUUCAGAGAUUGGAUCCUAGCUAAGAUAGUGAAUGGGGAGCGGGCGAGCUACUCAGCUCCCAAGUUUGCCCGAAUGCAGGAGCGAACACGGAGCCAGAUGUUGGAGGAUUUAGUGGCAAACUUACAGAACCACGCAGAGACAGGACAAAUCCCUAAACCGUACAGGCGAGGAUCCUGGCGUCCAAUAGGACAUAUGCGUCCUUCUUCCCCUCUCCUGGAUUCGGUGAGGGAUCAGUUUGAGGGACAAGAUCAAAUGGCGAGGGAUUUUGCCGCGGCAUUUGUCCACACAAACUAUGAACUUAACAAUCUUUUUGAUAUUGUUUUUAUAGUAGGACAGGGAGCAAAUAAAAAGAAACUUUAUGGCGUUCGCGCCAUACUUGGUGUCCGGAGUAGAGUUUUCCAAGAAAUGCUUUAUGGAAUUUCAACCGUGUUUGGUUCUCCUCAAGUACCUGUUGCAGAGCUCCUGGCUCGCCCAGCUCCGACCCUUCACUCCCCCUCGGUCCAUGGGAAGAAGAGUUCCAACUUCCUUCAGGUUCCGGAGAUAGAAUCCCCUCGGCCGAAAUCUGUUCCGAAUUCUCCGAGUAUUCCUCGCGCAUUUUCUAACCUCCGAAUCCAGCUGAGUUCCGCCUGGGGGAAACAGAAGAUAGAUCGUCUGGUGAAUGAUGAUAAAAAAAAAUGGCCGAGUGAGCUAGAUUGUUCCGGAGAUCCUAAUCUGCGCGGAGUAAAAUAUUCCGAUGGAGCGAACCUGGCAGUUCCACGUUUAAGCGUGUGCGCGGACGCACAAAAAGUUGAUAAAAUAAAACUUCUGCAAACAGAUUUUCCUAUUAUUGAAUUCGAUCCAGAAACAUUUCAAGUUCUGCUCGAUUAUCUGCAUUCAGGAAGCUGUCCUCUCUCUUGUACAGGGAUUCCAGGUUUGAUAUGUGCUGCUGAGCACUACGAUUUACCUGAUCUAAUUCAAGCCUGCUUUCAUCAUGCUAAACAGUUUAUUAGAACUGAAAUCGCUUGUCUCAUGCUGUGCUCCCUAGAGAACUACUACUGGAGAUACUGCUCAGCCAGCGAGCUGGUCAAUAUGAUCCUGGCCUUCAUAGAAACGCGAGCACUCGCUAUAUUUCAUAAUAAACAUUUCCUAAGCCUAUCUGAAUCAAUGGUACAGAUGAUAAUGUCCCGGAAUCUUGAAAUACCAGAGCUACAUAAGUUCGAGGCAAUGCUCAAGUGGGCAAAUAACAAGGUUAAACCUAAGGCCCAGGUGAACAAGAUGGAAGGAAAACUUGAGUUUAGAUCCUGUAUGGAUAGAUUAUCAAGAGAUCUGAAACUUUACAAAAUCUCUCCACAGGAUCUGAUAAAAACAGUUCUCCCCAGCAAAGCAAUUAAGAAUGAACGCAUACUUGAGACCCUGAUGUACCAAGCAAACAGUGGGAUGUACAGAAUACAUGACAGUUAUCUAGAGGCCUUUCAGGAACGAAUUCAGAAACAAGAUUCCAAAUUCAGUGAAUGGGAAUCCUUUGAUUACUGUGGAUUUCAGGAUUAAAAGUGAUUGCAUGGAGAGUUUCCUACACCUAUUUAAAAAGAAAGCAGCAAAACUCUACGCACAAGGGGAAAAAGACAUAUUAAAAAAUCUGAUAUAAUCAGCUGUAGGGUUGCUACUUCAUUCUACUCCUGGAGAGUAUCUGAAUCUCGUAGACCUGGUUAAAUACGCUUGAAAACAAAUUAUUCUGGAACUAUUCAAUUCGUAUUAUUAUUAAAAUUAUUGCUAAAAGGGAUUGUUCAUAUAUUGAAGCAUUGAAAAAAAUAUUUUCUCAUUUUGUAAAAGUCCAUUUUUGAAGAAAAGAAAUUCGAUUUUUACUACCUAUUUUCCCCAGGGUACAAAUAGGUUUCCAUAAAAAAAUUAAUCCAAUUUGGUCCGGCCAAAAUAUAGUUUUAGACAAGCUAUGA